AGACGCCUUUUCCCCGCCCCCUCUGCUCGCGGAGGUAGGCGGUCCCGCCCCGCCCCGCAGUGAGUGAGAGGCAGCGGGGAAGAGGAGCGCGCGCGCGCGGAGGACAAGAUGUUUGAGACUCUGCGCGAGCGGCUGCUGAGCGUGCAGCAGGACCUCACCUCGGGGUUGAAGACUUUGGGUGACAAAUCAAGAGAAGCAAAAAUAAGCAAGCAGAGGACUGUUCAGUAUUUGCCAAAGUUCUCUGCUGGAUUGGAAUUGCUCAGCAGGUAUGAAGACACUUGGGCAGCCCUUCACAAAGGAGCUAAGGAAUGUGCAAAAGCUGGAGAGCUAGUGGAUAGCGAAGUUGUGAUGCUUUCUGCACACUGGGAGAAGAAGAGGAGUAGUCUAGCAGAGCUGCAGGAGCAACUCCAGCAAGUUCCAGGGUUUUUAGCAGAUCUGGAGUCCAUGACAGCAAAUCUGGCCCAGCUAGAGGUAAACUUUAAGGAAAUGGAAAAUCAUCUGUUGCAUCUUGAAGACCUAUGUGGACAGUAUGAGUUGGAAAGGUACAAACAUAUGCAGGCACUACAGCUGGAAAACUACAAGAAAACAAAAAGGAAAGAACUUGAAAGCUUCAAAGCUGAGCUAGAUGCUGAGCAUGCCCAGAAGGUGUUGGAUAUGGAGCAUACCCAGCAGAUGAAGCUAAAGGAGCGUCAGAAGUUCUUUGAAGAAGCCUUCCAGCAGGAUAUGGAGCAAUACCUUUCUACAGGAUACCUGCAGAUAGCAGAGAGACGAGAGCCAAUAGGAAGUAUGUCUUCAAUGGAGGUGAAUGUGGACAUGCUGGAACAGAUGGACCUGAUGGAUAUGUCUGACCAAGAAGCACUAGAUGUCUUCUUGAACUCAGGAGAGGACGAUAGCAUAUUAUCUCCCAUUUUGGGGCCUGAAUCCAAAACCUGUCAGAAUGAAAUAAGCCUCCAGGUUCCAAGCCAGUCUGAAUUAAGGCAAAAAUUGUCUUCAUCAUCAUCAACCUGGACUGACUCUGCCAGCCAGGGUACCAGUGAAGUAGGAGAGUCUCCUGUUAUCCAGUCUGAUGAGGAGGAAGUUCAAGUGGACACUGCCCUUGCUGCUGUAAAUACUGAAAGAAAAGGUACUUCGGAUGACAGUGAUGAAAGUGACUCUCAGACGGUUUGAAUCCUAGCACCAUAUCUUCUAAGAAUCUUUGACUUUUGAAUGAAUGAAGCACUCACCCAUGUUGUAGGAAUUAGUUAACUAAUCAUGAAAGUCUAAUGUUGCCAGCCAUGUGGAUUUUUUUUUUUAAAUUGCCUAAACUACACACUUUAUUAUUAAAGUUUUGGGGGUUUUUGGAGCAGUCAAGCUUUGUAUAUACUGUGUAUAGAACUAACAAGGAGAUUGGAUACUUUGACUAAUUUUUAAAUUCUUUAUUUGAAAUUCCUUAACAUUGAUGUCACAAUGUUCCUUAUCUGCAUGUUUGAGCUAUGUAGCUGAAUAUAGAAGAUUCACAAACAAAACCUUACAUGCUGCCAAAGACACUGACGAUGCAGCAUCCACUCCCCCUGUGCUGAAUUUAUUGGGAUAACUUUAGCUACAAAUGAAAUACUUACCAACGGAUGGGAGUUGCACAUUGAAAUCUUACCCUUCUUAUGGAGCAGCCAUCUUAGCACAGUUAUAAGCAUUGCUCCUUUCUUUUAAUAAAGUAUUUCUACCCCAGCCUUGUCUUCCUACUUAUACCAAACCAUUUCCUGCAAGUUAAUUUUAUAAUGGGUAUUUUGGGAGAAUCAUUUAGUGAUUGGAAAACCUAAUCAUGCAGCUUUUGCUUUGUUGCCUAAUUUCCUGUUCUCUAGUAACUUCAGUUUGACCACAUCUUGAUAGAAAAAAUUAGGGAAAAAAUUACUGCACCAUGACUUAACUCAAAGUUUGUGUGAAGUCCAUACUAAACAUCUGGGUGGAUCUGACCUCCUAACAAGCAGGAUGAGGCUCUUCAGCUCUCAGGGUCUUUAUCAGUACGAAGCUGCUCUUACACUGAGGGACAGAGAAAUCUAGCCUGAGGAAGCUAAAAGUAACAGGUGACUGGCAACAGGCAGCCAUUACCUUCCAAAAGACCUUACUUCGUGGUAGUGAGUGGCUUGGAAAGAGGUAGUCCCCAUGUCCAGCCAGCUGGGAACUGUCCAGUUUCCUAAGGAUUCAGCUGUUUUGCUUGCUUUUUAGUAGUGUGUUUCCUGUUUCAGCAGUGUGAAAUUAAAUCUGGAAACAAACUUCUGCAUGAUAAAUUAACUUUAAGAAAGGGUUAAUCUCAUUAAGAAAUAGCUUAUUUCACUCACUCACCUCCCAGAAGACAGACAAAGUGUCCAAAAAAAGUUUUGUUUUUAUUAAACCUUGUAGUACAAACCUGAAAAGUAAACAAAAACUGGCAAUAAACAACAUGAAGUCUUCCCUUACAAGGAAAGAGAGCAGAGCAGCGCUAAUAAAUUAAAUGUCAAACUGUAAGCCAUUGUCAGAAGUUUACUGUCAAGAGGGAAAAGUACACAGCAAGGCCAUAAAAACCAGACAACCACAUUUAAAAAACACUUGACUCUGUUUAUGUUAUUGUUAAAUAUUCCAAAACAGUUCAGUCUUCUGCAACAACAACCAACAAAUUGUAUUAGGACUUUCCUGACAGUCACCACUGGCAAGCUCAGUGCAAUAUGGGUAGCUACGAUAUUGUUGAAUUCAAUUAUGAAACAAAACAGUUUGUGAAAACAUUUUCCCUUUUUUAUUCCACACAUACUGUACACACAACCAGAAAAGGGCAACAGCUACUCCAUUAUUAUUUUUUGUUGUUGUUCAGUGAUGUAAGCAGCACUUAUAAAUGUUACAAGAAAAACCCUGUAAGCAUCCAAUCCAACCGAUGAAGAAAGUGAAACGUAAGGCUUUUCUUCAUCUUGUCUCUAUACCACCCCACCCCCGCCCCAUCCCAAGAAAAG